AUGGCUUUCCCGAUGAAACGAUCCACUUUCCGUGCGCGGAUCACUGCCCCCCCACAGUUCUCGAAGAUACUCGAGUUCUGCCGGGAUGUAGAGGCCUGGUUGAAAGUGGAUGAGCGAAAUGUUGCUGCGAUUCACUGCAAGGCUGGCAAAGGUCGCUCCGGCACUAUGAUCUGUGCGUUGCUCCUCUACGCUGGUGCCGUGCUGUCCGCCCGCGACGCUCUCCGCUGGUUCGGGCACGUUCGUGGCGGCACACGCGCAGGAGUGACGAUCCCUUCGCAGAUUCGAUGGAUUGCUAUGUUCGAGACUUGGUUGGAGCAGGGCGUUCAGCUGCUCAGUGACCCCAUGGGCCCGUCCACUGGGCGCUACAGGCCUUGUGCCAUUCAGUUUAGCCACUUAGGGCUGGAGGGCCCUGUGAAAGUCAAGGUAGCGCUGGUGAGCCGUCAGGAUGGCAUCCCUCAGGCGGUGCAUCGCCUCUACCUUCAGCUGUCCACCUGCAACGAUCUUUUGCACUUCACGGCGAUGAGGAUUUUGCUUCUGGACUUGCCGAAGGCAUGCGUGGAUGGGCUACAGCGCGAUGCAGGUCCGGAGGUUGGUGGGUGCUUCUGCCUGCAAGCGCCCCAUUGGCUGCUCCAGGACAGCUUGCUGAGCGCAGGCGAUCUAUCCAGCUUCCACAGCCGCGACGGAGCCCAAGGAGACCUGCCUCCAGAGCCCGAAGCAGGCAUGGCCCUUGCAGUGCGGCGGAUCCAGCGUUUGUACAUCCACGGGCCGCAUCCAGGCAAGCGGGUGACCGCCUCCAAACCCGCGAAAUCCAGGCCUACUGCACUUGGACUUGUAAGUGCGAAUGGUGGGCCUGACGGCCCAGAUCGAAACGGAUCUAUGUAG